CCCUGUGAUACGUAUUUACCUGACUGGCUCUAAAGAUGAUUUAUCCAACCCUCAGUGAAUUCCUCUUGACUAUAGAGAAUGACUGCUCGCUCCCAGGAGGCCGGUCCAGCCCUAGAGAGUGCCUUGGAGGAGGUCGGGGCAGCUGAGAUGGCAGCAAUGAGAAAGCAGGUCUCUAGGGCAGGGUAUGUACCACCCGUGGUCUCUUCACAUGGAAGAUGAUGGCCAAGAGUAAUGGUCUACACAACUCGCCAGCCAACCAGCACCCCUGCCCGCCUGCCCAAGCCCGAGUGGAGGGUGACACGGAGGGGACGGGGCCCAGCACCAGGAGGACCUGCUCAACCCAGGAUGAUGCCUCCUCAGGGCUGCGGAGAGGGGCUCCCCCGGAUGGGGGGGAGCAGCCGGCUGCCUCUGCUUUCCAAGGCAGGCGAACCUUGGCCAGGAUAGUCCGGCUGGUGCUGGUGCUGAGGGACUGGGCCAGCAAGAGCUUGCAUGAGGAGCAGCAAAGGCCGGACCCCUUCCUCGAGCGCUUCCAGGGCCCUGAGCUCCAGACGGUGGCUGUAGGUGCUGGCAACGUCCUAGGGGAUGAGGAGACUGAGGAGGAAAACAAAAAGAAGAAAUGGCAGAUCUUUGUGGUGGACCCUGCAGGGGACUGGUAUUACCGUUGGCUGGCUGUCAUUGCUGUUCCUGUCCUCUAUAACUGGUGCUUGCUCGUAGCCAGGGCUUGCUUCAGUGACCUGCAAAAGACCUAUGUUGUCCUCUGGCUGGUGUUAGACUACAUUUCAGACUCUAUCUACAUUGGGGACAUAGUGAUCCGCCUGCGCACAGGGUUCUUGGAACAGGGCCUCCUGGUCAAGGACCUGAAGAGGUUACGGGAUAACUACAUCCACACCUUACACUUCAAGCUGGAUGUUCUCUCCAUCCUGCCAACAGACCUGGCAUACUUUGCUGUGGGAUUGCACUGCCCUGAAUUGCGUUUCAACAGGCUGCUGCACUUCUCCCGCAUGUUUGAGUUCUUUGAUAGGACUGAGACCAGAACCAGCCACCCCAACAUCUUCCGCAUCAGCAACUUGGUUCUUUACAUCCUGGUCAUCAUCCACUGGAACGCAUGCAUUUAUUAUGCCAUCUCCAAGGCCAUAGGAUUUGGAGAGGACACCUGGGUCUAUCCCAAUGUCACAGACCCUGAAUAUGGGUAUCUGACCCGGGAGUACAUCUACUGUCUCUACUGGUCUACAUUGACUUUGACCACCAUCGGAGAGACCCCUCCCCCUGUGCGUGAUGAAGAGUACCUCUUUGUGAUCUUUGAUUUCCUCAUUGGUGUCCUCAUCUUUGCCACCAUUGUGGGGAAUGUGGGAUCCAUGAUAUCCAACAUGAAUGCCACUAGGGCAGAAUUCCAGGCAAAAAUUGAUGCCAUCAAACACUACAUGCAGUUCCGUAAGGUGAGCAAAGACAUGGAAACCAAAGUGAUCAAGUGGUUUGACUACCUGUGGACCAACAAGAAGGCAGUAGACGAACGGGAAGUCCUCAGGAAUCUCCCUGAUAAGUUAAGGGCAGAGAUUGCCAUCAACGUUCACCUGGAGACACUGAAGAAGGUGAGGAUUUUCCAGAACUGUGAGGCAGGUCUACUGGUAGAGCUGGUGCUGAAGCUUCGCCCGCAGGUGUUUAGCCCAGGGGAUUACAUCUGCCGGAAAGGGGACAUUGGGAAAGAGAUGUACAUCAUCAAGGAGGGGAAACUGGCUGUGGUGGCAGAUGAUGGAAUGACACAGUAUGCUUUGCUCACUGCAGGAGGCUGCUUUGGUGAGAUCAGCAUCCUCAACAUUAAAGGGAGCAAAAUGGGCAACAGGCGCACAGCCAACAUCCGUAGCUUGGGCUACUCUGAUCUCUUCUGCCUGUCAAAGGAAGAUCUUAUGGAAGCAGUCACAGAGUAUCCCGAUGCCAAAAAGGUCUUGGAGGAGCGUGGCCGGGAGAUCCUGAUCAAGGAAGGGCUGCUGGAUGAGUCAGCUGCAGAGGCAAGCACAGAAGAGAAGAGCGUGGAGGAGAAGCUGGACAGGCUGUCCUUGAACCUGGACACACUGCACACCCGCUUUGGCCAGCUCCUGACAGAGUACAAUGAUGCCCAGAUGAAGCUCAAGCAGCGCAUCACUGCUCUGGAGUCCAAGAUGAGGCAGCAGGAUCUGGAGGACUUCUUCUCUGAUAGCUCAGACAGUCUGCUUGAGGAUGAGGAGAAAGCUUUACCUGGUGGGACGCAAUGAGGGGGUGCAGUGGCCAGCUAGAUGAUGUCUGGCCUUGUGCUGAGACAGUGUUUGCUAUUUCACAAGGCAGAUCUUGUGGCUGCCUUGCCACGGACUGCUCUCAGGUCCUUAGCGUUGCUGCUGCCGUUGCCUUGAUGGCAACUCCUGAGAUGGCUCCAAAUCAGGUGAUUGUCAUAGCUCCUACUCCAGCCUGUCCCUUUUCUCGUUGCCUUGAUCUGAGACCUUGGGCUUGGAUCAUUAAAAAGAGGAGAGUGGCUAAUGCCACUGCUAACAUUUCUUUCCAGUGUCUGCAAAAGGCGCCCAUCACACCUUCCUCCUAUUUGCCUUAAUAGAAGGUGGGACUUGAACUUUGCAUGGAGGGGUACCUGGACAUGCUGACCUCCCAUGUAUGUUGAGGAGAUGCAGAGUCAUGGUGGACAGAAUGUGCCAUCUACCCAUCCACACAGGGACCGAGGAGGAGAUGGGCUUUGGAAGAUGCUGCAUUCCUUGGAGAUAACAAAACCACCCCGUUGAGAGAGACCAAAACACAAGCCAGAUAUUUGCAAAUGCAUUUUGGGUUCAGCCUUUAUAACUCACUUUAGGUAAAUAGUCUCCACUGAGUGUCUGCAGACACCCAGUCUACACAGAGGCACUCCUUACCUGCAAGAUACCAAAACUUAACUAAAACAGCCCAAUCUGUGCCUCAUGUCUGCAAGUGCAGAGGCUUGUCUGGGUCCCUGGGAUCUGGGAGUCCUGGUGGACGACAAGCUGACCAUGAGCCAGCAGUGUGCCCU